AUGAUGGAGCCAGUAAUAGUAACUAUAAUCGACAAUAGUUUACUUACUAAAAUUAAAGUAUUAGAAGAUAUUUCGCAGCAAAUUAAAACGGCAUUUGUAAACCAUAAGCCAGUCCAAUUGAUCUUGCCAAAUAGUCAAAUAGCAGAUAAUGAUGAUAGUUCAUUACCGAGAAAACGUCAAAUUUACAAUUCUGUAUCUUCAAAGCCAAUCGAAUUACAGAGAUUUGCAGCUUAUGUCAAGAUCAUUCAAAUUUUGAUUAACCAUUUGAAAACUACAAGAAAUCAAACGACAAUUAGAGAUAUUUAUUACCAGGAUGUGGAAAUGUUCAACAAGAGUCAACAAGAGUGUAAGAACAUGCUUGUCCAAAUAGUUGAAAUUUCCUUGGGAUGGUCUUUGGUUGAUGAUUUGAAUAUCCAUCCAGCACAAAAGGGUCUUGUUUUUGGUUACAAUAUAUUCAAAUCUGCAAUCGAAGAACCAUUCUUGAUUCCCAAUAAUUACAAAGAGUAUUUCGAGCAGCUUUUUAGAGAGGAUAUGGAUACAAGUGCUGUUUCCGUAGUCGUCAUCAUAUUCGAAAAAGAUGCAAUAUUCGAAUCAUUUUGUAAACACUUGCUCAUCCACGGUGUUGGUGUUGGUGUUGCCUCCAAGGAAACCAAGAUUAGCUAUAUGGUAGUUACUGCAAAGGGGUACUCCGAUUUGCUUACACUUCGAUUCCUCAAUUGGUUAACAACGAGGAUCAAAACUUGCCAAUGCAUUGGGUUUUUUGACUCAGACGUAUAUGGUAUCAAUAUCUUCAAACAGUACAAGGAAAAUAUCAAUCAUCCCAUACAAUAUGCUGGAGUUUACUUACUCGAAUCAAAUCCAACGUAUUGGUUGAAUAUCAAUGCACGCGAUUUCCUGUUGAUGACAAAUUUAACUACAAAGCUACAACAUAUCGACCCCCGGUGUCAUCGAGAGUUAACUAGAGGUGCUUACUUGAUGAAAAAGGCCGAAAUGAACGUAGUUACUAACAACUAUAACGAAUACAUCAUCAAAAAAGUUGACACACUGCUUUGA